AUCAUUUCCAGACGGUGGCUUUUAGGGGCAUGGUAAAACACAAGAAGAUGGUCUAAAAAUCAUUUUUGGACAUUCUUCUGGACAUUUUUGAAAACGGACGCGACUGGUUUCUUCCUAGUCCCCCCGCAAUAAGAAGCUUUUUAGACUCUACCGAGUUACCGCAAUAAGGUGGGCUUGCCCGAAGUUUGACACACAAGACUUGACCUGAAAAAAGGAUGUAUCGAAACUUUGGGAAUCAUGGGAGAGGAGAACCUGUCUACAGCAGCAGCAGCUCUGUGUCGUCAGGAAGCACAUCAAAUACACAGGAGCAGAAAUUCACAAUGGCUGGCAGUAGUCAGUUUGUUCCAAGCCUGAAUGCCAUUACAACCAAUGAGAACCUUCAGUGGCUGGUCCAGCCAUCCCUGUUGCAUCCAGCAGGACCUUCACAUUCUCCAGUGCCUCCUUACCCAUCCCUGUCCGGGGUGCGGUCUCUGGGGCCUGUGCCAUCACAAUCCCACCAUUUGAGGCCAGGGGUCAUACGAGCAGCAGCAAACACCACCACAUCCACAAGGCGUAGGAAUGAUGAACAUUUAUCCCACGAGGAGUUGGAAAGGCGGAGAAUAAGAAGAGAAAGAAAUAAGCUGGCUGCUGCAAAAUGUCGCAACCGUCGUAGGGAACUGACAGACACCUUACAAAAUGAGACUGACCAGCUGGAAGAUGAAAAAUCCCGUUUACAAAAGGAAAUAGCCAACUUACAAAAGGAAAAAGAAAAACUUGAGUUGGUUCUGGAGGCUCACCGUCCAAUCUGUAAAAUAGAGGGAUCAGAUUCUGAUUCUGAGCCGCACCCGUCACUUUCUACUUUGGAGGGCAUCAAGGUGGAGCCAGAUGAUGACAGUCGACCUGGACCCUCAUCAAAGCCAGCAGCCAAGGCAGAGAAACCCAAACCAAAGAUAACCAUCCCACCCAAACCAGCCUCAUCUACUUUGACCUCUGAGUCUGAGUCUCUCCACACUCCAGUCCUGAUCCCUACUCCAUCUCUCACUCCCAUCACGUAUGGCAUGGUUUUCACCUACCCAUCCAGUGCAUUAGAUACCAGUGCAGGUUCCAGCUCCUCUCACGGUACAUCACAUCAUGGGCAUGUCCACCAGGCUGCAGCUGCUCAGUCGUGUGGGAUUGCUCAUCGUCGCAGCAGCAGUAGUGGUGACCAGUCAGAUCAGUCGCUGCACUCCCCAACUAUUCUCACACUUUGAU